AUGUCUGACACCAAAAAGCAGAAACUCGAUUCCGCCGCCAUGAGAAUUUGUACCCAUUCCGGCUCAUUCCAUGCCGACGAGAGUUUGGCCAUUUACCUCUUGCGCCUUUUACCCAAGUACAAAAACGCUCAACUCGUCAGAUCCAGAAACCCUGCUGACUGGGAAUCUUCAGACAUCGUGGUGGAUGUUGGAGGAAAAUACGACGGAGGUGUCAAGUGGUACGACCACCACCAGCGUGAAUUCAGCGAGACCUUCUCCUCGAAUUAUGCUACCAAGCUUUCAUCUGCCGGUUUGAUCUACAAGCACUUUGGUAAGGACAUCAUCCAGGAAGUUCUCCAAUUGUCCAAUGCCAGCGACGUCGACAUGCUCUACUUGAAGAUGUACAAGGAAUUUGUUGAAGCUAUUGAUGCCAACGACAACGGUAUCAACAACUAUCCAUCGAGUGUGGACAAGAAGUUCAACGAUAAGAACUUGGGACUUCCAGCAUUGGUUUCUCACUUGAACCCAAGAUGGAAUUCCGACCCUCAAGAUAAGGACUACGACGAGGCAUUCCUCAAGGCUAGCGAGUUGAUGGGACUGGCAUUCUUGAACUUGCUCGAGGGCUACGGUCAAUCGUGGUUGCCUGCUAGAGAAAUUGUGGAGGCUGCCUUCAAGAGCAGAUUCGAUGUGCACCCAUCUGGCGAAGUUAUCGUGUUGGACAAAUUCUGCCCCUGGAAGGAGCACUUAUAUGCCAUUGAGAAGGAGAACAACGAGCAGGGAUUGAUCAAGUUUGUUUUGUUUGCUGACUCCAGCACCAAGUGGAGAAUCUCUACUGUUUCCGUCACCUCCACCAGUUUUGAAUUCCGUUACGGACUUCCGGAGCCAUGGAGAGGUGUAAGAGACGAAGCGUUGUCGCAGUUGACUGGUGUUGACGGGUGUAUCUUCGUACAUGCUGCUGGAUUCAUUGGUGGGUGUGAGACCAAGGAGGGAGUGUUGCAACUUGCCAAAUUGGCAUUGGAGGCUAGAAAAUAG